CUCUCUGGAUUCGGCGUUUAAGGGUUAUUUUUCGGACGAUGGCGAGGUAUGUAAACCUUGUUAUCUGUAGUUAAACCCUGAAACAGUGCUGUAAUAUUGCCGUUCAUUUUUAAAUUGACCUCCUGUUGUAAUUUGCUCGGUUGUUGCGGCUGUUAAACAAAUUGCCAAACAGGUCAACUGAGGACAACGAAAUACCUAUCUCAACCCGGCUUUAAGAGGAUGUCUAUCUCCAUUUACAUAGCAGCAAGGACAGUUAGCAUGGUUACAGAAUACCAAAGACACCCUCCAAGUUUAAUUAUUCAUUAAGAAAGUUAUUUAUGAAGCUAGGCGCUAACUGUAGCUCUUGUGAGAAAUUACUUGCUGUUGGAUACAGAGGGAAGGACACACACUUCUCUGGGACAAUGAGCCUUCAGAUGAACUCCAAAGAUGAGCCAGAAGAAACCAGCAAACCGUCAGGCGGUGCCAGGAUCCUUGCUUUGACUGUUUUCUCUGCUGCCAUCGGAGGCACCUUCCAGUAUGGCUACAACAUCUCAAUCAUCAACGCUCCCACCAGCUACAUCCAGAGCUUCAUCAAUGAUACCUACAUGGAGCGCUGGGGCGUUGGCUUGGAGACCCCUCAGGUGACCCUAGUGUGGACUCUUAUUGUGUCGGCCUUCUCACUAGGCGGUUGGCUGGGAGCCCUGUUGGCGGGACCUCUGGCAGUCCGCUGUGGGAGAAAGAACUCCCUGCUUCUGAACAACUCCUUCUUGUUUGUUGGUGCUGUGCUCGUGCUGACAUGCAGAGUGGCGAAAUCAUUUGAGAUGAUCAUCCUUGCUCGUUUUCUGGUGGGGAUGAACUCAGGUGUCAGUAUGAACAUUCAGCCUAUGUACUUUGGGGAAAGCGCACCCAAACACCUCCGGGGUGCUGUGGCUUUUUCCUCUGCUGUUUUCACUGCAUUUGGGAUCUUCCUGGGUCAGGUUGUUGGAAUAACUGGAUUGUUGGGUGCAGAGCCUCUUUGGCCCUACUUACUAGCUAGUAACGCUUUGCCAGGCUUGAUCCAGCUCCUUUUCCUACCCUGGUUCCCUGAAAGCCCCAGAUACCUUCUCAUCGACAGGGGAGACAGGGAAGCAUGUGUGCGGGCGCUGAAAAGGCUUCGUGGUGGGGAGGCUCCAGCCUUGGAGAUGGAGGAGAUGCUUCAGGAGCAGCAGCAGCAGCAUCAAAACUCUGCAGCCUCUGCCAAGACGCCCUGGUCUCUGUUUAAGGAUCCUGACCUACGAUCCCAGCUCAGAACAGUCAUGGCUGCCAGUAGUGCCAUGAUGCUCUGCGGCAACGACUCCAUCUACUUCUACGCUUCCUAUAUCUUUCUCGAAGCGGGGAUUCCUCCAGAGAAAAUCCAAUAUGUCACCAUAGGCACAGGGGCAUCUGAGCUAACUGCUUCCAUACUGAGCAAUCUGCUGAUUGAACGUGUGGGCCGCAGGUACCUUCUUUUGGGAGGGUACAGUCUUAUGUCAUGCUGGUCUGUAGUCUUCACUGUAGCUCUCACCCUCCAGAGCCGCGGCGUGGCUGGGAUGGCUUACCUCAGCAUGGCAUGCGUGUUUGCCUACAUUCUCAGUUUUGGCUUAGGUCCAGCGGGGGUGACCGGAAUCUUACCAGCUGAGAUCUUCGACCAGGGGGCUCGGCCGGCAGCAUACAUGGUAGCUGGCUCGUGUAUGUGGAUCAGCCUGUUCUCGGUGGGAAUGCUGUUCCCCUUCAUCGUCAAAGGCCUGGGGAACUUCUGCUUCCUGCCAUUCAUGGCUGUGUGUUUGGUGUCUGCUUUGUUUUUGGGGUUCACUCUACCAGAGACUAAGGGGAAGACAGUGGCUGAGAUCACUGCAGAGUUUGAUAGAAAGAAUGGCGUGAAGAGGGAGAAGCCAGACCUGCAGGUGCACGAGCCAAUUAGGGAGUACUACCAGCUGGGUAAAGCCUGCUCCUUCACUACCCUAAUGCAAGAUUCUGACCCUGACCAUAAGAGCGCAACUGAAAUUUGACAUCCUUCUUUAAAAGUGUAAAUAAAACAGGCAGUGCCUUUGCAGCCUCUUUAUGCACCUUCAGUGACGGAUAAUCAGGUGAAAUAUGAAGUGUCCUAUUUAUGAAAGAUGAUGUCUGUGUAAUGUUUUCGCCGGCGUUGCUCUGUUUGUCUGUCUGUUUGUUUGUCUGCAAAAUAACUCAAA